UAUAUGUAUUUUUUUUUCUCCUCGUCGAAAUCCGAUCCGGUUUUAUACAACUCAAUAUUAGCCCUGAGAUAAUAUUAACUUUGAGAUCAAAUAUUGACUUGAGGCGCCUCCAAAUCCUCCCCCAUCAUCUCGACGCCCUGCACUAUCCUAACAAAGUUGUGCUUGACAUGCAAUGCAAACUUUUCAUUUCCAAUUAUGGAUACCGACGAAUACAUGGGUUUUAUUAUUCGACAACAUCGGGCGUCCAGAAGCGAAAAUAACCGCGGGCGUUUGACUUUUGAACAGAUCUAGGCUACUAUUGGUUUUUAAUUUCUGAGCGGCGGUAAUAUCGACUCAACAACAGCGUUUUGCGGCAAUAUGUUGGAAACCUAAAAAUAACCAAAAUAAAUAAAUGAAUAAAAGUGAAAAAAUCCUCCCGAAAACAAACUUUCACUUUAUCCUGACGCAUGGUUCUAAAUAUCUAGCAUGUUACACCUCGGUCAGCAACAUGAACACUGGACUGGGAAUGAACUCCAUGAACACUUACAUGACUAUGUCUGGAAUGGGUUCGACUGCAAACAUGACAGCAGCAAACACCAUGAACAUGUCCUAUGUCAACACGGGAAUGAGUCCUUCAAUGACAGGCAUGUCCCCCGGUGCGGGAGCGAUGGCCGGCAUGGGUGCGGGUAUGACGGGCAUGAGUGCAGCCCUGAGCCCGACCAUGAGCCCAAUGGCAGCGCAAGCACCCUCCAUGAACGCCUUAACCUCGUACAGCAACAUGAACGCUAUGAGCCCCAUGUACGGCCAGUCGAACAUAAACAGAUCGAGGGACCCGAAGACCUACCGGAGGAGCUACACGCACGCCAAGCCACCCUACUCGUACAUUUCCCUAAUAACCAUGGCCAUCCAGCAAUCCCCCAGUAAGAUGCUGACCCUCAGCGAGAUCUACCAGUGGAUAAUGGACCUUUUCCCUUUUUACCGACAGAACCAGCAGCGCUGGCAGAACUCUAUCCGCCACUCGCUGUCCUUCAACGACUGUUUCCUGAAAGUCCCACGCUCCCCGGAUAAGCCAGGCAAAGGUUCGUUCUGGACCCUUCAUCCCGACUCCGGGAACAUGUUCGAAAACGGCUGCUAUCUGAGAAGGCAAAAGCGCUUCAAGUGCGACGUUAAGAAACUUAGCAAGGAGCCGGGUCGGAAAACAUCGGAGGGCGGAUCGAACAGCAGCUCCGAGAGCUGCAACGGGAACGAGUCUCCUCAUUCCAACUCGUCUAGCAACGAGCACAAAAGAUCCCUGUCUGACAUGAAGUCGGGUCAGGGUCUGAGCCCGGAGCACACAGCCUCUCCGACCUCCCAGGCGCAGCAUCUCCUGGCGCAACAUCACUCUGUUCUGGCGCAUGAAGGACACCUGAAGCCAGAACACCACUAUUCCUUCAACCACCCCUUCUCCAUCAACAACCUCAUGUCCUCGGAGCAACAGCAUCACAAAAUGGACCUAAAGACUUAUGAGCAAGUGAUGCAUUACGGUUACGGCUCUCCGAUGGCCGGCGCGUUAUCCAUGGGCUCCAUGGCCAGCAAAGCGGGCCUGGAUUCGCCGGACACAUCCUAUUACCAAGGUGUGUACUCCAGGCCCAUCCUGAACUCUUCCUAAACACCCACGGACCUCGUGACAAUUUGUACAUUUGUAAAAUGGUUGUGUAUAUGUAUUCUGAUUUUUGACGUUUCCCGUUCUUUUAGAUGUUCAUUAGUAAUUAUUUUGUAAAAGAAAUGUUGACAAUGUGACGAACUCUUCGAGGCGGCUUUUGAAAAUGGACCAAAAUCACACCGAAGGACUGCGGACGGAUUGAACUUCUUCAAUCACUUGUGUAAACUUAUUUAUGGCUUGUAAAUGUGUAUUCUUGUAGUUGAUGACAAGAAAAGAAUCUAUAUUAAAGUGUUAUUUGGAAUUUUUUCUCAA